AUGGCUCGCCUCAUCUCAUUGCUUGUCGCAGUCCUGGCGCUUACCCCCUGCAUAUGUCUAGCGCAUUCUCGAGCGCUCCAGGCAUCAAGAGUUUUGCUUGACGGCCGCGAGGUAGAGAAAGAGUACGACUACAUCGUUGUCGGAGGUGGCACGGCCGGGCUGACCGUGGCUGACCGGCUGACCGAGAAUGGAAAAGCCACGGUGCUCGUAGUCGAAUACGGUCAACUUAGCAACUCCCCCUCAAUCACAACCGUCCAGGGAGGGUUUUCGGGCAUGUCGGAUACCCAGUUCCUGUACGACAUUCAGUCGGUCCCACAGAGCAACCUUCUGAACAGGACCAUCGCGGUUCUGGCGGGCAAGGUCGUCGGCGGCAGUUCUGCCGUGAACGCCAUGAUGACAGUCAGGGCGGCGGCGGCCGACUAUGAUGGUUGGGGAAGCUUCUUCGGUGAAGGAUCUCACUGGAGCUGGAAUCAGCUGCUCCCAUACUUCAAGCGGGCGCUCAACUUCGCGCCUCCCGACGAGGCCGUGACCAAGUUGGCAAAUAUCACGUACGACACUAACUUCUGGGGAGAUACUUCGAGUGUGUAUGCCGGGUGGCCGUCUUUCCAGUACCCAGGCACGACUGCGCAGAUGGAAGCCUUCAGGGGCAUGCCCGGGGCCCCUUUUGUCAAGGAUAGCGGAUCUGGCGAGCCGGGCCGGUCUUAUGCCAGGACUGGACACCACGAUAGGGCCAUCAGCAGGUGGAACUACCACUUGGUGACUGGUUCAAAGGUUACCAGGAUCGCCCUGAACGGUACCACAGCGACGGGGGUUGCCUUUGUACCAGUAAUCCUGGCGGCCGGCGGCAUCCACAGUCCGCAAGUGCUCCAGCUUAGCGGCAUUGGGCCGCGCAAGCUUCUCAGCUCGGCCAACAUCACCACUAUUGUCGACCUCCCUGGCGUGGGACAGAACUUCCAGGAUCAUCCCAUGAUUCAAGCGAGUUACACGUACAGGAGGUUCAAUUUCCGACCGUCCCCCAACGAUCUCUUCCUCAACGCCUCGUUCGCCGCCUGGAGCGAAGAAGUCUGGGCCUCCAACCGCACCGGGCCCAACUCGAUCGCAACCGGCAACGCAGCCGCCUGGCUCCCGUUCCCGGUCGUCUCGCCUCGCGCAGCCGACCUCUCCUCGGCCUUGGCCAGCCAAAAUAACACCCUCUACCUGCCCCCGGGCACCGAUCAGACCGUGGCGGCCGGCUACCGCGCCCAGAUGCUCCUGCACGCGGCCGCGCUCAACAGCAACCACACAGCCUUCUAUAACCUCGUCCUCACGGGCGGCCCGACCAACGGCAUCCUCGUCGACCUGCACCCGCUGAGCCGCAGGACCGUCGCCAUCGACACUGCCGACCCCUAUAACAGAGAGCCGCGCGUCGACUACCGCGCCCUGUCGAACCCGCUCGACGCGGCCAUCAUGGCCGACCUGGUGCGGUUCACGAGGCGCUAUCACUUGGAAAAUCCGCUGACGACGAGCUGGGCGGCAAUGGAAAUGGCUCCAGGGCUCGAGACGCAGACGGACGAGCAGUUUGCGGCGUAUCUUGCUGAGACGCUGAGCCCGAGCGAGUUCCACCCGGCCGGCACGUGCGCCAUGAUGCCGAGGGAGUUGGGCGGCGUGGUGGAUCAGCAAUUGAGGGUGUACGGCGUCGAGAGGCUGCGGGUGGUGGAUGCGAGCGUGUUUCCUACGCUGCCGGGCGGGAAUACCUGCCAGCCUGUGUACGCUGUGGCGGAAAAGGCUGCGGAUUUGAUUCGAUAUGGUGCGUCUAAAGGAGUGGAACAGCCAUGUUGA